AUGAGCCUUCUGUCGCUGCUCGGCGCGCUCGUCGUGCUCGUCCCCGUGCUCUACAUGUACACUGUCUCCGUCGUCGGCGGGCGGUUUCCGACCUUGCGCAACAAGCGCAUCUGCCUCCUGAUUGCCCACCCGGACGACGAGGCCAUGUUCUUUGCGCCCUCGGUGCUCGCGCUCACGCGGCCCGAGACCGGCAACCACGUCAAAAUCCUGUGCUUGAGCAGCGGCAACGCCGAGGGGCUCGGCGAGACGCGCAAGCGCGAGCUCGUCAAGAGCGCCAUGACGCUGGGGCUGCGCCACGAGGACGACGUCUUUGUCGUCGACAGCCCCGACUUCCCGGACAGCAUGACCACCGAGUGGGACAGCCAGACGAUUGCAACGCUGCUGGCGAGCGCGUUUACGCCGCCGGGCCCGGGUGCGCCGGACCAGCCGCCCGCCGCCACCAUUGACGUCCUCCUGACGUUUGACGACCGCGGCGUCUCGGGCCACCCCAACCACAUUUCCCUGUACCGCGGCGCGCGCCGGUUCGUCGCCUCCUUGGUGCAGGGCAAACCCGGCUGGCGCCCGCCCGUGGACCUGUACACCUUGACAACGGUGUCGCUGCUCCGCAAGUACACGUGGGUCUUUGACCUGCUGCCGACGGUCGUCUCGUGGGGGCUGCGGCUGGGGUCCAAGGGCACGAGCGCGGCCAAGAUCAAGGAGCACCCGCCGGCGCUGGUGUACUUGGCGGACCUGAACCCGACGGCGACGGGCGGCGGUCUGGGCACGGCGUGGCGGGCCAUGACGACGGCGCACCAGAGCCAGAUGGUGUGGUUCCGGUAUGGAUGGAUUGCGCUCAGCCGGUACAUGGUGAUGAACGACCUGCAGCUGCAGCACAGCUUUGGCCCGAACGACAUGAAGAAGCCAUAG